ACUGUGUGUGACGUGACGCCUGCCGUGUGUGUACGUGUUCUGUUCAUCGAUUGUGAGAAUUCAAAACGAAUACGCUGCGCUGCUGCACUCUAAAAUACACCGCAUAGGCCUAAAUUCAGGACGAAGGCCCAGCGGGUGGGCCUAUAUAUUUCAAAUUUUGCCCUGUCAAAUUUUGGACAAAACUACCGGAAUGGAAUUGCUUUGUUUGAAGACGGUGCUGUGCGUUGUUUUCUCAGUUUCAAUAUUCAUAGCGCUGACUCCGGUCGUGUUAGCAUCGACAAACGCACCAACGUCUGCUCCAGGCGGUGGCGACGAGGAAGAGGUAAUCAUCGGUGUGGGCAACAUCGACGUCCGCUGCUACACCUGCGACAACGUGCAAGAUAAUGACGAGUGCAACGGCGUGCACCUGGGAGAAAACGGGACAUUGACCAAGUGUACCUACGAGCGAUCCAACUGUUUUAGCCUGAUCAAGAUGAACGCCGCCGGGGACGGCUACACGGCUCAGAAGGGCUGCAUGGAAUUCGACGAAUGCUACGACAGGUUCUACGAAUUGGUGUCGGACCCCAUCAAGGGGGCCGAUUGUAUGCGGUUCGGUAUCCUGGGCCACGACCCGCUGCCGGCCGACAUCGAGUGCUUCUACUGCUGCUUCUCCGCCGAGGGUCAGUCCCAGGACUCCUGCAACCAGGCCAUGGGGGUCAGCUUCCUGGCCCUGCCCGAGCCCAACAACUGGGACCCGGCCGUGGACAAGUGGGAGGGACACGAGCCAGGGGUGAGCACGGCGCCGCCCGAGGUCACCAGCGGCGGCGACCCGGUGGCCCGUCCUCUGGCGGCUGUGGUCGGCCUCCACCUGCUGCUGUUCUCCGCUCUUCUCGCCUAGUGCGCGCGAAUGGAUGCUCCUUCACGCCCAGAACUCAAGAGCCUCACAUUACCCAUCGGAAUGAUUUCGGAAACAAAAAGGUUGAAAUUAAUUUCCGUUGUGUCAGUAGCCUAACAUUGACAUUACUGAGCUCAAAAUGAAUGUGGAUGAAAAAUGGAAAGUCACACAAUGGUUGGCCCGAUUGCACAAGGAAACUGGCGAGCCAUUCCUUUGCGGUUUGCCAGUGCUGUUCAAGACUUAGCUGCCAGAAACCCAAGACCAAUUUAGCAUGACAACAAAAUAAAGUGGUAAAUUUGUCAUUUUAUUCCAUCCUAGCAAUAAACAGUUUUUUCCGAUAAUAUUUCAAGAUACGAGUGACAUCUCAGUGUUUAUACGUGAAGAUUAUUCUGUAUAAUCAUUAAUAUAUGCUAUUUUUAUGAUUCCAAGGUGAAUGAUAUCCAAAAUUUGAAGAUCUAAAAUUGAACAAAUUUGCACAAAUGACUUUGAAAAGAGAAAAGUAACCAAAAUAAAAAACAAUGAAAUUUUAUUUACACCUUCAAUUUAAACCGUAUUCCACGCUUGUGCAUUUCAUGCAAUUUCUUUCAUACUAUGUUUUGCUGUUUUAAAACUUGACCUCCGGGAGCCCCCCCGUACGUCUUCUACCCAUGCGCACAAACAUUACACUCCUGACAACUGACCUCAUAUGACGCUUUCGGAAAUAUAAAGCCGAUUUUAUUGACGGUCCAGGUUGGACGACAGAAAUAAACGGUUUGAGCGGUCCCAGCAGAGACAAAAGGUG